AUGGCGGACGAUAGUGCUUCAAUCGACGAAAUCUCAGAUGAUGCGCCAUCCGCGCCUAACAGUGCUGGUGGACCCUCGAGUGCUGAUACCUCAUGGACUUCAAGAAGAGGGAAAGCGCGCUGCGACUCUUGUCGGCUUCGCAAUCUAAAGUGUGACCGUGUAUUACCUAUUUGUAAUCAAUGUCGCUGGACUCCGGGCCCGGCUGGGUCAAGUUGUACAUAUACGCCAUUGCCUACUCCAGCCCAUCGAGGUGUCCCACGAUGCGACCGCUGUCGAGAAUCCAACCUAAAGUGCGAUAGAGCCUCUCCAGUCUGUCAAUAUUGUCGCGAAAGCAACAUCACAGACUGUCGGUAUACCCCCAAGAAACGCGCUCGGCUUCCACUUGAGCAACACUCACAAGCUCCGCGAGUCCCUUACAAUGAAGGGGAAAGUGCCUCUUUCAUGUUCACGAACAUUUCCGGACCAAAUAGCUCCUAUAAUCGCCCCUUCGUAAACGAAGGCAGCUCUUCCCAACCAGACAGCAUGGAUGUAGAUCGCCCAAUGCCUCCAUAUCCGUCUAGUUCAGCCUACGAGAAACAGGGUCUUGGACCCCCUCUGGCUCUCCUACCUGCACCUUCAGGGCCGUCCAAUCUUCCAGCUCAGCAACCUUUUAUUUCCCACUCUUUCCCCGAACCUCCACGAAAUCAGUUCCGGGCUUGGACACAUAAUGCCUUCGCCCCUCUUCCCAACUACGUUCUUCGGCGCCUAACAACCAUCGCCCGCGAAGACAUGCCUGCUCGCGAAACCUUCGACGUUGCGCUGCAAAGAUUUCGUGACCGCCUUGAAAUUGAACUGCGGGAAACCGCAUAUCUGGCUGCGGAAGACUACGCCACAGUAGCAAACUGUCUUGCAAAGGGAAAUAUUAAUCGCCUUUCUCCGCGCAUUCGCCAAUGGGCGCUGUCUCAUCGCGUCUCGUCAGGCUCUAAUCGAUACAACCUCCUUGUUAUCCCCCGCGAUGCGACAUUCCAGCUUUCCUCAGACAAAGAGAAAGAGCUUCUUCACGAGUAUCGGGCCGAGCUUGACGACCAGCCAUCCACCUCUGACAAACAAGACGACGAGCUCGCGUUCGAGCGCGUGCCUGUCGUUAAUCAAAUAUACGACUGCUUAGUUUACGCUCACCGGGGGCACGCCUCCUCGGUCGCCGCUAUCAUGGAGAUUCACCGUCUGGGUUUUGCGACAAUUACUUGGUCGAUGGCGGAGAUUUUCCGGUGGAGGGAGCGCAAGAUAGGGCGUGGAAUGGGACUGAUGAAGCAUUUGGGCUUGAUUGUCGGACACGCAAAUGGCGGAUAUCUUCAGCUACUAGUUCCACCCUGA